AAUGUCUGACAAUGCCCCACCAACGACGCAGACCAACGGCGCUGCCCAAGACCCCAGCGCUGGCACGCUCAACAACCAAGGCCAUGUGCAGGAGAAUGAGCGCUGGACAGUAGAGAGUGUUCUCUCCCAAAUCCACCCCCGCUACGCCGAAAACACGUCCUCCCCAAUACCCUUCUUCCACCUGCUCUCGCGCCUCAAAACGACCAAGCGCGCAGGCUGGACGCGCUUCGGCAUCUCCGCCGGCGAAUCCAUCUCCGACCACAUGUACCGCAUGUCGAUCCUCACCAUGAUGGCCCCGUCGUCCGUCUCCAAAAACCUCGACAUGCUGCGCUGCUGCCGGAUGGCGCUCGUCCACGAUAUGGCCGAAGCGCUCGUCGGCGACAUCACCCCCGUAGACAACGUGUCCAAACCCGACAAAUCGCGCCGCGAGACGGAAACCAUGGAUUACAUCUGCACCAACUUGCUUGGCAAGUUCAACGGCGGGAUCAAUGGGCAGGAGAUUCGGGAGCUGUGGCAGGAGUAUGAAGAUAGUGUGACGAGAGAGAGCUUGUUCGUGCAUGAUAUUGACAAGGUGGAGUUGAUUUCGCAGAUGGUCGAGUAUGAGCGCGAGACGGCGUGUGAGGUGGAUUUGGGCGAGUUUACGUGGGUCGAGAAGAAGAUUUUGAGUGCGGAGGUUAAGGAGUGGGCUGCGCAGUUGUUUAGGGAGAGAAGGGAUAUGUGGAAGGAAAUUGGCAAGGAGCCUAAGUGGGCUGAUGGGACGAGGCCUGCGGAUGCGUAGAGGAGAUGGCGGAGAUUGGUUGCGGGCGUGUGUUUU